CCCUACCCUUCCAAAUACCCUUAUGGGCUACCUGUGUUUUGGUUUCGCUAGUAUGUACGUCUUCCUCUGUUAGUAUCAAUUUUAUACCAGUAAAAAACUAAUUUUCUCACGCGAUCCACAUCAAAAAUCAAAACCGUCAGCCCCUAAUACGACUCUAACGCCAUGGCAGAGGAUCUAAUCAAGAGUCUCAACCUCCAACCACAUCCCUAUGGUGGUUUCUUCAAGGAAGUCCACCGAUCGACACAAGCAGUCAAACCCUUGGACGACCGCGAGGCCAGAAGUGCCUCCACAUGUAUCUAUCUUGUCAUGAAGAACGAAGACAUCGAUCCCUGGCAUAAAAUCAAAUCAGAAGAAACCUUCUUCUACCAUAAAGGAACGUUUUUGAAGCUAUACACCAUCGAUGAAGAAGGGAAACUCACGACGAGAAUUGUUGGAGAUACCACCGUUGAUCCAGAGGCUGAGUUUGCAUGUGUUAUACCAGCUGGGGUUUGGUUUGCCGGGGAACUCGUCGAUAAAGAGGAUACUUAUGGUUUUUUCAGUGUUGCUGUGAGUCCAGGAUUCCAUUAUGCUGAUUCAGAGGUCGCUCAUGUUGAAAAGCUUUGUGAGCAAUUCGCAGAUCAUAAAGAACUGAUAGAACGACUUCAUAAGGACCCCCCGAAGGCCGAGUAAGAGCGAUUCAAGUCGCGAAAGAAAAUGCUGCUUUAUCUAGGCAUUUAUAUAUUCUCAUAUUCGUUAUGUUUACAAAAUGUAGUUAGUUUAAUUAAGUUGGUGGGUAAAACAUGUUACUAGUAAAGCCUGGUCAAAUAUUAGUGUUAAGGAGCAAAAUCAUCCUACCCUCCCCUCCCUAGAAAAAAAUACCAACUAUUAUUCUCUACUUUCACAUCCCCAUAAUACUUUGCGUCUUUGGGGGGUAACCAGAGAAUAAAGACCCACUUAUUUUGCGGAAGGCUGAUCAG